AUGUUGCGCCGCGGGUUGUCUUCGCUGACCACAAAGCCGUCUUGGGUGCGACCGGGCUCGUACGAUUACCUGCGCGAGGUUCUUGAGAGCCGUGUGUACGAUGUAGCUGUCCAGACGCCACUACAGCUCGCUCCAGCGCUGACGCAGUCACUACCGGGCAAUUGCCGCCUUUUCCUGAAGCGUGAGGACAUGCAACCGACCUUCUCGUUCAACCUCCGCGGCGCCUACAACAAGAUCGCUAACCUGACGCAGGCCCAGCAGGAAAAGGGUAUUGUGGCCUGUGCAGCCGGCAACCACCUGGAGGGUGUGGCUUUCGCUGCCGCUAAGCUAGGCGUCGAUGCCAUCGUCAUUGCGCCCGUCGGCACGGCACAGAACGUCUCCCACUCCACCAAGAGCAAAAUUACGAUGGUGGAGCACGGUGCUGACUUUGACGCGUCAAUGAAAGAAGCGUUCCGUGUUGCGCAGACUGAGGGUAGAUCCCUUGUUCACCCGUUUGAUGAUCCGCUUGUGAUCGCUGGCAACGGCACGAUCGCAAUGGAGAUUUUGAAGGAGACGUCAGGAGAACGCCCAGCGGCGAUCUUUGCUCCUGUUGGAGGCGGUGGCUUGAUCGCAGGUCUUGCUGCCUAUGUGAAGGAGGUGGCCCCCGAUGUUAAAGUCAUCGGUGUGGAGGCAGAAGGUGCUAACCUCUUGGAAGUUUCGAUGAAGGAGGGCUCUCCAGUGGCCAUCCCGAGCGUUAACCGAUUUACUGAGGAAGUGGGCAUCAAGACCAUUGGCACGGAGAACUUCAGACUAUGCAAGGACCUGGUGGACGAGGUGGUUACCGUCUCCACUGACGAGAUCUGCUCUGCGAUCAAGGACAUUUUCGGUGACACGCGCUCGCUUAUGGAGCCCACUGGUGCGAUCAGUGUUGCUGGAGCCAAGAAGUAUGCUCGUGUGAAGAACGCGCAGAACGAGAAAUACGUGGCUGUGCUGGCUGCCGCUAACAUGGACUUUGAUCGGUUACGCUUCGUCUCGGAGCGUUCAGAUGAUCGCGAGCGCUUUAUGGCUGUCAAGAUCCCCGAGAAGAUUGGCAGCUACCAGGAGCUCUACAACGUCAUCUUCCCGCACAACAUGACGGAGUUCACGUACCGUAUGGAUUCCGAGGGUGACAGUGUGGCUCGCAUCUGCAUGAGCAUCCAGACGAAGACGGAGGACGAGUUUGUCAACGUUGUGAAGGCCAUCAACGAGCGCGGCGACAUGCACGCCACCGAUCUAGCCUCCAACGAGCUGGCUAAGUCGCACCUGCGCCACCUCGCCGGUGGCCGUCCGGAAAACGUCACUAAUGAGCGAGUGUUCCGCAUCGAGUUCCCCGAGCGCCCCGGUGCGCUGAAGGACUUCCUCGAGACUCUCGGUCAAUCUGCUCGUCAGUGGAACAUCAGUAUGUUCCACUACCGCAACCACGGCGCCGACAUCGGCCGCGUACUCGUAGGUUUCCAGGUGCCCAAGAAGGAUAACGCAGCAUUCCAUGCGUUCCUGAGCCAGGUUGGCUUCCGCUGUGAGGAAGAGACCAAUAACCAGGCGUUCACGCACUUCCUGCAGUAA